AUGCCUCCACCAGGAAUUUCUCCGGACGAUCCACGCCUGCGGGCUCUUUCCAGUCACCCGCCCGAUCAUCUUUCGGUCGCAAAACCAAGCGAGCUGCCGGGACUGGGGGGUUUGGAACAUGCUCAGGCUCUUGCCGAAAAUUACCCUUUCCAGACCCUCGCUCACCGUCUGUCUGCCAUAGAUGAAGAUGAAAAUGCUUCUGAUGGCUUGGAGACUGAGCACUCAGAGGCCAAUGGCUCUUUGAGGGCCAGGUACCACGGUAUGAAGAAGUCCUCGGAAAACUUGGCCCGCAUGGCCGCUUUGAAACCAGGGAAGAAACUCCGCAACAACCCUUACGCAAGCGAUCCUCAUGUUGUCUCCAAGUUCACGGAGAAACUCGACAUUGAUGAGUCCGAGGUUGUUGCAGCACUUCGAAACCGCGAAGCUCAGGUCCAGUUGCCCUUGAUGACAAAGAUCAAGAGAACCAUCAAGACCGUCGUCUGUUGGCACAACCCCGCUGAGUCCGAUGAUUCUCGUGUUGACGACAAUGUCACUGGCUUGGCUGCUCAAGGUCUUGAAGAAAAGGUGAGUUAUGAUUUGGAUGUCAAUCAUAUCAAGUGGCGCAACGGCAUGCUGACUGGAACACAGACGCAGACUGAUGGCGAUUCUGACAAGACUCGCCUUCCGAGUAUGUCCAAGGAGGAAACCGAGGAAUCUUUGACUGCCCUCAUUGAGGAUUUGUUUGCCGAAGAUGGCACAGAGGAUGCCAAUUGCGAGUUGACCUCCUACGCCGAGGCUGAGAAGCCCUACCCCGCUGAACUUAUGAACACCGAUGUCUCAAAGGGUCUUACUGACGAGGAGGUGAUUGAACGCCGCAAGACCUACGGCCGGAACGUGAUGACCCAGGACAAGGUCAACCACUUGGUCCGUUUCCUGCUGCACUUUGUCGGCCCAAUCCAGAUUGUUAUGGAGAUUGCUGUCAUUCUGUCCGGUGCUUUGCAGGACUGGAUUGACUUUGGUGUUAUCGCUGGUUUGCUGUUUUUGAAUGCUGUAGUUGGAUUUGUCCAAGAGUACCACGCUGUCAACAUCGUUGCAAGUCUUAAGAAGACACUGUCCCCCAGAGCGUUGGUAAUUCGCAACCGAGGUCUGCAAGAGAUACCCGCAGAGGAUGUCGUCAUCGGUGAUAUUCUUUAUCUUGAAGACGGAUCUAUUGUUGCGGCUGAUGGUACGAUUGUCUCCCCUAUGGGCGUCAUCCAGGUAGACCAGUCCAGUAUCACUGGAGAAUCUCUCGCAGUGGACAAAGACAAAGGGGAUCCGUGUUACGCCACUUCAGUUGUGAAACGUGGCUCCGCAUUCACAGUUGUGACGGCAGUUGGUGACCACACCUACGUCGGCAAUGCUGCAGCUCUGGUGAAGAAGGCUGAGCAACGUCCUGGGCACUUCACUCUGGUUUUCAGUCGAAUGGGUCGUACCCUUCUGUAUUUGGUUAUCUUGACCAUUCUCGCUGUUUGGGUGGCAGGGUUCUAUCGCUCCAACCUAAUUGUUCAGAUCUUGGAGCAGACCCUGGCGAUCGUUGUGGCCGGUGUUCCCGUUGGACUCCCGGUUGUGGUCACCACGACCAUGGCUGUUGGUGCAUCUUUCCUGGCCAAACGCAAAGCAAUUGUUCAGAAGCUCUCGGCUAUUGAGUCCCUGGCAGGCGUGGAGAUUAUCUGUUCGGACAAAACAGGCACUCUCACACGUAACGUCUUGACCAUGGGAGAGAUAUGGCUCGUUGGUGGAUGUGCGGAAUAUGACCUGAUGUUGACGGCUUGUCUUGCUGCCAAUCGAAAGAAGGGUGGGAUUGAUGCCAUCGACAAGGUUUUCAUCAAGGGUCUUCGUGAUUACCCGAGUGUUAAAGCGGCCAUCAUGAUGUACCAAACGAUUGAGUUUUCUCCGUUUGAUUCGGUCUCAAAGAAGGUCACUGCACUUGUUAAAACGGAAUGGGGUGACCGAGUUCUCUGUGUCAAGGGUGCUCCUAAGGCUGUCUUGGAAAUGGUGCAAAUGGACACGGUUCUCAGCGACGACUUCAUUGCUGAGUACAAGGCCAAAAUCCUGGAAUUUGCCAGCCACGGGUACCGCUCUUUGGGCAUUGCUCGCAAGUAUGAAGGCAAGGACUGGGAAGUGCUGGGAAUUGUACCAUUUUUUGACCCUCCUCGUCAUGACACUGCCCAGACUAUCGCCGAAGCCAAAGCCCUGGGUCUGUCUUUCAAGAUGCUCACCGGAGAUUCUGUCGCUAUUGCCCGAGAAACAUGCGCGUCUCUUGGACUCGGCACCAACAUUUACAAUGCUGAGCGACUUGGACUGACCGGUGCGGGCUCUAUGUCUGGGUCGGAGAUUGCGGACUUUGUGGAAGCUGCGGAUGGAUUCGCCGAAGUGUUCCCACAGCACAAGUACAGCGUGGUUGAAAUCUUACAGGCUCGUGGAUAUUUGGUGGCAAUGACCGGUGACGGUGUCAAUGAUGCCCCUUCCUUGGGUAAGGCAGACACUGGUAUCGCAGUCCAAGGUUCGUCGGAUGCGGCUCGAUCUGCUGCAGAUAUUGUGUUUUUGGCAUCCGGCCUGUCUGCCAUCAUCGAUUCGACCAAGAUUGCUCGUCAGAUUUUCCACCGCAUGUACUCAUACGUGGUUUAUCGCAUCGCGCUUUCCUUCCACCUGAUUUUGUUUUUCUUGUUCCAGAUCAUGGUCAAGAACGCCACCUUGGAUCUUCGGUUGAUCGUUUUCUUCGCAAUUUUUGCAGACAUUGCAACUUUGACAAUUGCGUAUGACAACGCCAAUUACUCGCCCCGCCCAGUGAAAUGGAACACGCCAAGACUGUGGGGCGAGUCAAUCGCUCUGGGAUUCAUGUUGGCAAUUGGCAGCACGAUCACGUACACCACGAUGCUGUCGAGCAACACAGGUGGGGGAAUUGUUGAGAGCCAUGGGCCUGUUCCGACUGGACUGAGUGAUGAAGUGAUGUUCUUGGAGAUAUCGCUGACUCAGAGCUGGUUGAUUUUCAUCACCCGUGCCUCUGGUGUUGGUUCUCGUUCACUCUAUGCCAUGGCUCCGUCGUUGCAACUCUGGGGUGCUGCUUCUUUGGUCCAAUUGACGGCAAGUUUGAUGGCCGCAUUUGGAGUUUUUGGUGAACGCGUCCCUGUGCUGACUGUCAUUCGUGUUUGGGGUAUCUCAAUUGGAGUGACUUGUGUUGCUGCAAUGGUGUAUGUCCUGUUGCAUAACUCGGAGGCAUUCGACAACCUCAUGCACGGCAGACUUUCUCGACGCCGGGCUAAAAAGCGUUUGUCUGAGGACUUUGGCCUCAAUGUGCAACGCAUGGCCAACCAGCAUGAGAGCGCGUCCUAG